CCUUCACCUCCGUCUCCUCAAAACUCUUAAACCCUAAAAAUCCCCAUUUUGGGGACUCCAGACUCCUCUCUCAAGUCUCACCUUCUCCAUGAAAACGACGUCGCUUUCGUCCACUAUUAUGCCCGUUAAGCUCCUCCUCAACAACCCUUCUCUCCCAGUAACCCGCUUCCUCUCCAUGAAAUUCGGACCCUCCAUUUCCGCUCCUCGACCCGUACCCGCUUUCUCCCGGGUCUUCCCGCUCCGCCUCAGGUACCUCGCCCUCGGCUCCCACCGCACGUUCUCCACCCGCGCCUUCCGGACCCCACGAACCGGGUCGGGCUCCCAAUUCUCGCGCGGCUACGAGCGGAAGGCGGCGGUCGGGGGAUCCAAGAGCCUGGUCGACGACGAGGCGGAGCUGAGUGACUGGGUCAGCGAGUUGAGGACCGACCCGACCCGCGGUGGCCGGGGAGAGGAAUCGGACGGUGGUGGUCGGAGAGGUAGUAGGGUUAGAGAUAGGGGCGGCGAUAGAGAGCCGUAUCCGGCGAAGCGGAGCAGGAGAGAUAGCGGCGCCGACGAGUUUUGUGAGUCGAGAACUCGGGGAGGGUUUCGGAAUCCGAGUCGGUCGUUUCCGGGAAGUUCUCGGAUGAGUAAAAGGGAUGAUGAUGACAGAGAAGGUAGGUCGUUUCCGGCGAGAAGCAGUUCGAGCUCGAAUGACCGGUUUGGUGAGUCGAAUCGGAGACGAUUUCCGAGCUCGAAUCCGUCGGCAUUUACUAGAAAUCCACGGAUGGAUAGAAGGUUUGAUAACAAAUUCGGGGACAAUGCUGUGAAGAAGGAAGAUGAGUUUCCGGGGAGGAGAGGUCCGAAUUUCAGAGGGAAUUCGAAUGCGAGUUCGAGUUCUUUGAGUAAGAGAGGAGGGAGAGAGGUGGAUUCGGGUUUCAGACGAGGCGGCGAGGGGUUGAGGAAGGGUGGGAGAGAUUCGAGGAAGGAAAAGGAAAUGCUUGUGGUGGAUGAUAGUGAUGAGGAUGAGGAGGUGAAUGAGCUUGGUGUUGGUAUUGGGGAUUUGCUUACCGAGGAAGAUAGUGAUAGUGCUGCUGCGGAUGAGGAUGAUGAGUAUGAAGGAUUGAAAAAUAAGAGUGCAGCUGCAUUGUUUGGUUCGGAUAAGGAAGUGGUGACUCAGAAGGCUGUGCCGAAAAGUUCAGCGGGAGACUCUGACUCUUAUUUGAGCGAGUCAAGGUUUGAUCAGUGUUCGGUCUCACCACUGUCCUUGAAGGGAAUCAAGGAUGCAGGAUAUGAGAACAUGACUGUGGUACAAGAGGCUACUCUUCCCAUCAUACUCAAAGGCAAGGAUGUUCUAGCCAAGGCUAAAACCGGAACUGGAAAAACUGUUGCAUUCCUGCUUCCAUCAAUUGAAGUUGUUGUAAACUCACCUCCUAUUGGACGCGAUCAUAAGAGACCCCCAAUUUCUGUACUUGUAAUAUGCCCAACCCGAGAGCUGGCGAGUCAAGCUGCAGCAGAAGCCAAUAAAUUGUUGAAGUAUCAUCCUUCUAUUGGUGUUCAAGUUGUGAUAGGAGGUACAAGACUUGCUCUAGAACAGAAACGCAUGCAAGCAAACCCUUGCCAGAUUCUUGUCGCUACACCGGGAAGGCUCAAAGAUCACAUUGAGAAUACCGCAGGUUUCGCAACUAGGCUGAUGGGUGUCAAAGUCCUCAUUCUUGAUGAAGCUGAUCAUCUACUGGAUAUGGGGUUCCGUAAAGACAUUGAAAGGAUUAUAGCAGCUGUUCCAAAACAGCGACAGACACUACUGUUCUCUGCCACCGUUCCAGAAGAGGUCCGUCAAAUCUGUCACAUCGCUUUGAAAAGAGAUCAUGAAUUUAUUAACACGGUUCAGGAAGGCAGUGAAGAGACACAUGCGCAGGUCAGACAAACCCAUUUGGUUGCUCCUUUGGACAAACACUUUUCCUUUGUAUAUAGUCUUCUUAAAGAGCACAUUGCUGACGAUCCUGACUAUAAGGUUCUCGUAUUCUGCACUACUGCAAUGGUCACACGACUGGUCGCUGACCUUCUUGGUGAGCUGAACUUGAAUGUUAGAGAAAUCCACUCCAGAAAGCCACAGAGUUAUAGAACUAGGGUUUCCGAUGAAUUUCGGAAAUCAAAGGGUCUUAUCCUUGUGACUUCUGAUGUAUCCGCACGAGGGGUUGAUUAUCCAGAUGUUACUCUAGUCAUACAGGUGGGCAUUCCAGCUGAUAGACAACAGUAUAUUCACCGACUUGGUAGAACUGGCCGUAAAGGCAAAGAAGGGCAAGGAAUAUUGCUACUGGCUCCUUGGGAGGAAUUUUUCUUAUCCACUAUUAAAGAUUUGCCAAUGACCAAGGCUCCUGUACCUUUAGUUGAUCCAGAUACGACCAAGAAGGUAGCACGAGCUCUAUCCCAAGUGGACAUGAAGAACAAAGAAGCAGCAUACCAAGCGUGGCUGGGGUAUUACAAUUCUAAUAAGAAAAUAGGGCGUGAUAAGCAUAGGCUUGUGGAGCUUGUGAAUGAGUUUAGCCGAAGCAUGGGAUUGGACAACCCUCCAGCCAUUGCCAAGCUUGUUCUUGGUAAAAUGGGUCUUAAGAAUGUCCCUGGACUGCGUUCCAAAUAAGCUGAUAGCAGCAUAUUUGGCAGUCGAUGAGACUUGUCUUUUUUUAUUAACGGAACACGACAUGUAAUUGUUGGAAACUUCCAAAUUUUACCAUCACAUAGAGGAGUUUUCUAGUCUUC